UCGGCGGCCGUCGGCGGGCCGCACCAACGGUCUGUCGACGGAGACGGACAGCGACGGCGCAGGCCGCGCCCACGGCCCCAGCACCGAGACGGACGACACGUCGGCGGCCGAGGACGAGGACGAGGACGAGGACGAGGAGUUCAACGGCGACGUGCGCUGUGCUCACGGGGAGCUAUGUGUGGAGGAGGGCACCAGGCGACUCGUGCCAGAAGCCGCCUGGCACAUCAUGACCAAGUACUUUCCGGACGCCAGGAGCUACGGGCGACACCGCCCCCUCUGCGCCCAGUGCAGGGAGCAGGUGUCGGAGGAGGAGCAGAUGCGGCAGCUGUACCGCCAGCUCGCCGCCGAGCAGCGCGCCGCCCUGGGCGACCUCUACAGCGACCGGCUGCGGCCCCAGGUGGCAGCACCGACCUGCUCGCCCGGCCGCUACCACGCCAUCGGCCGGCACUCGACCGAACUGUGGCGCAAGUUCGUCAGGGACCCGGCGCGGCGUGACCCGGCCACCCUGGAGACGCGCAGUCUGAUCUGCCGACACGGCGGUCUUCUGUUCUCACCGCUGCUGCGCGAGGACCGGGAGAG